UCGGGAUUUCCUAAAUGCUUCCAUUUUCCGUGCUGUUAGUGAGAUGCAGCUGGGCGGUGGCAGCCCGCGUUACGAUAGCAGCAAGGGUAUGGGCAACGAACAGACGUGUUCGACCGUACGUUCAUGUACCCCCAAUAGCAAUAUGACGAAGUUUUGGGAGUCGGCUGCGCCGAAGUCGUAUGUACCUAACCUAGUUGAAGUUGCACGGAAUCACUUACAACUCCAAACCUGGUGCAGAAAUGGGGCUCCCAACAGGUGUUUCCAUCUCAGAAGAAAUGGGGGAUGAAGAGCAGAGAGAAAUUGCACACAGGUUGUUGAUCGAACUUCUUGCUCAUCAGGUAGCGCUUCCUGUAAGAUGGAUCGACACCCAAGAUGCCAUGCUAUCUGAAGAGCGAAAAGCUCAACGUUUCAUCGAAUUUGGACCGUCAAGGGUCCUAGGCGGCUUGUUGGGCCGGACUCUUGAACGCCAAUACGGAUCCAAACAAGUCCAGCAAGCCGUCGCGUCUCAGUACAAAGUUCUGGCUUAUGAGCAAGAUGUACACCAAAUCACAUUCAAAAGUGACCAGCAUGCUGGAAAACAGGAGCAGCUAGUCACCAACGACUCCACAAGCACUCAGCAAAGAUUGGCGGAAGCGCCAAUUCCAGCACCACCAAUUACUGAGAAUACAAUACCGGCGGCUCAGACGCAACAACCUCAUGCCCGUGCUCAACUCGAAGAUGUCUCGAUAUCCGCAGGGCUGAUCAUCCGCAAUCUAGUCUCUUUCAAGCUCAAGAAGGAUUGGCAAGCUGUAGCUUUAUCUAAAUCACUGAAAGAGCUGACUGGAGGUCGGUCCACCAUGCAGAAUGAGUUGGUCUCAGACCUUGGAAACGAGUUUGGAAGUUUACCAGACGGUUUGGAGAGCCUCAGUCUUGAACGAUUUGCAGUGUCCCUGGAGCCAUCCCAUUCGGGGAGGCUUGGAAAGCAAUCGACUAGUUUGAUUGCGAGGUUCGUCUCGGCAAAAAUGCCAACAGGCUGGAGCUUGGAUACCAUCAAAUCCCAUAUUUCCAGUUCCUGGGCUCUAGGGCCAAGCAGGCAGGAUGCGAUAUUGUUGAUAGCGGCCACGUCGGCGCCAGCUGUUCGGCUCGAUUCCCCGGACGCAGUGAAGAGCUUCAUCAGUGAAACCGUCCAGUCAUAUGCCAUAGAAGAGAAGGUGGACUUACAAACAAGAGACCAAGAAUCAACGGUUCAUGGCCAACUACCGGUGAUGACAGACGAGUCGCAACUGAAUGACCUGAAGCGGGAACAAGGCCAGUUAUCGUCGAAACUCCUGGAGUUUCUUCACGACCAUCUAGGAGAAACGCAAUCCUCGGGCCUCCAGAGACUGCAGGAAUCAAUAGACGCUAGCCAGACGCUCCAGAAUAAGCUUGAUUUAUUACAGCGUGAGCUUGGAGAGGAGUUCCAAACAGGAGUAGAACCGAAGUUCGACAGGAAACAGGCUCGGCGCUUUGCCUCAUCAUGGAAUACGGCUCGAGUUAAGCUCCUUGAACUGUGUUAUAACCACGGUCAAUUGGAGAACCAUGAACUAGAUGCGACGGCACUUCGAUUCGCAAAUUGCUACGAUACAGUUAUCGAAAGAUUGCUCUCAAGCAUCUCAGGGGGCUCAUUAGCCGCAAUUUAUGAAUUAGUGCAGAAGCAUCAAGCUGCUGGGCCUCUCUUUCGCUAUACUGGACAUCCCAAAGCGCCACAAACCACUCUGCUUGAAGAUGGAACAACGCAAAUUGCCGAAAUUUCACGACUAGCGAAACAUGGAGCUAUUCAGUAUACUGAUCUAAUGUGCACAUCACUAAAAGUCGAGGGUAUUGACGACAAGUUGCCAUGCCUUCACAUCAAGCGGAAAUCACCUUACGGGUGGCUUAUGGAUGAAACAAUGACCCGGAUAUAUCACGCUGAAUUGCAUAAAUCCACCGACCUCGGGAUUAGCUUUGCGGGCAUGACUGUGCUUGUAAUCGGAGCAGGUCCAGAAUCUAUCGCCAUCGACGUUGUACAAGGCCUUCUGCAGGGUGGCGCUAGAGUCAUCAUGACUACAAGUCGUGCCCCAUCUGCUUCGGCAGGCAUGUGUCAAACUAUUUACGAGCAGAACGGGGCCAAUGGCUCAGAUUUGCUGCUACUUCCAUUUAAUCAGGGUUCAAAGCAGGACUGCGAGUCAAUGAUUGAGUACAUAUAUUCGGAAAAAGGUCUGAACCGUAACCUCGACGCGGUCAUCCCUUUCGCCGCAGUUUCAGAAAUAGGUAGUGAGAUCGAUGGAAUCGGCAGCCGGUCGGAGCUUGCACACCGUGUCAUGCUAACCAAUUGCAUCCGUGUGCUCGGCGCGGUCGCUGAUCAGAAGAGGUCGCGCAGAUUGGACUCCCAACCCACUAUGGCCAUCUUACCAUUUUCCCCCAAUCAUGGCUCAUUUGGAGGCGAUGGCUUGUAUUCAGAGUCUAAGCUUGGCCUGGAAUCUCUUCUUGAGCGUUUCUCGUCCGAAUCAUGGUCUCCGUACCUCUCCGUCUGUGGUGCAGUUGUUGGAUGGACACGUGGUACAGGGCUAAUGUCUGGUAACGGACCUGUGGCCGAAGCCAUCGAGAAGCAUGGCGCAUUGACAUUCUCGACUACCGAGAUGGCUCUCAAUUUGCUAUGCUUACUGACUCAUCCUAUUAUGGAUCGUUCAACCGAGGAACCACUGUUGGCAGAUUUGAGUGGGGGCCUGGGGAGAUUGUCGCAACUCAAAGCCAAAGUAGCUCAGGCGAGGCAGGAAUUGCAUGAUGCUGUAGCUAUCAAAAGGAUCAUAUUCCAGGAAGACAAAAUUGAACAAGAGCUUCUUGGAGAAGACGAACUCGUUAUCAAAAACCCUAAAGAAUUAAAAAGAUGGAACCCCGAUAUGGGUUUUCCAUCAUGGGCCCUCUACGAUGAGGAUCUGGCAUCGUUGGACCAUCUGCACGAUAUGGUAGAACCAGAGAGAGUUAUCGUCAUCGUCGGCUUCUCCGAACUGGGACCAUGGGGCAGCUCUCGAACCCGUUGGGAGAAGGAGAAGGGGAUUGCUUUUACAUCAGGUGCAUACCUAGAGCUAGCCUGGAUGAUGGGUCUUAUCAGGCAUUUUGAUGGUUUGGACAAGUCAGGAAACCGUUACAUUGGCUGGGUUGAUCGCGAGACCGGAGAUCCAAUCAACGAUGGCGAUAUUGGACGAAGAUAUCACGAUCAUAUACUCGCGCAUACUGGAAUUCGUAUGAUCGAGUCUACAAGAGCCGGCGGCUUUUGUCCUGAUCGUAAAGAAUCAUUGCAAGAGUUUGUUCUCGAGCAAGAUCUAUCCCCUUUUGAUGCAACAAGAGCUACCGCCGACGCCUUCAAGGCUCGUAACGGUGACAAAGCCCAUGUUUGGGCAGCAGCUGGAACAGACACCUUCAAGGUUCAACUCAAGAGAGGCGCUACUGUAUAUGUGCCAAAGUCACGAGCUUUCGAUAGCGUAGUGGCAGGUGAAAUACCAACCGGUUUCAGUCCGUCCAUAUAUGGCAUACCCGAAGACAUCGCUUCGCAAAUCGACCCUGUCACGACAUAUGCCCUCUGUGGCGCCGCCGAAGCGCUAUACAGCGCUGGUAUCACUGAUCCGUACGAAGUAUAUGAACACCUCCAUCUUUCCGAGUUUGGUCUGUUCGUCGGAUCUUCUCUGGGCGGUCUUACCAAGCUGCAGCAGAUGUACAAGGAUGACCAUCUUGAUAAACCUGUCCCUGGAGACGUCAUGCAAGAAACGCUGUUCAACACACCCGCCGCAUGGAUUAACAUGUUGCUCAUGGGCUCUGCUGGUCCAAUUAAGACCCUCACUGGCGCCUGUGCUACAAGUCUGGAGUCUCUUGACGCUGCUUGUGAAUCACUUCUAGCCGGAAAGACCAAGAUGUGUCUUGUUGGUGGAGUAGAUGACCUUGCAGAAGAGGAAGCUUACAACUUUUCAGCCAUGAAGGCUACCGUUAACUCCAGAGAGCAACUCAAGAUGGGGCGUUUACCGCAUGAAAUGUCUCGUCCCAUGUCUGAAACCAGGGCGGGCUUUGUCGAAUCACAUGGUUGUGGUAUGCAGUUGAUCUGUACUGCUGAUAUCGCGCUCAAGAUGGGCCUUCCCAUAUACGCGGUCAUUGCCUCGUCUACGAUGGCUUCUGACGGGAUUGGACGCUCGGUUCCCGCCCCUGGCCAGGGCAUACUUACUAACGCGCGCGAAUCACCAAACGCGUCGCACUCUCCAUGGCUUGACGUCAGGUUUCGUAGAGCCUGUAUGGAUGACUUCGUGGCUGGACAUUCUGCAGAGCGCAAUUACUCGACUCCAAGCUCAAGCCUUUCACCAAAUACACCCAGUACUGAAGCCACGACGCCCGAUUCCAACUGGAGUCUGGAGCCCAAAGCUACCUUGAUUCCAAGUAUCCUGGACGACAACGCAGUUACGAAGUGGGCAACUCCUAUGAAUCCUAGGCGUGCUGCGAAACUACUAUAUGGGGAUGAUUUGCGCCGGCUAGAGCCCGGUAUAUCUCCCCUUAGAGCAGCACUCGCAGUUUGGGGGUUAGGUGUGGAUGACAUCGACAUGGUCUCAAUGCAUGGAACGUCCACAAAAGGAAACGACAAGAACGAAGCACAUGUCAUCCAGCAACAAAUGCAACAUCUUGGUCGGAGUCAGAGUCGCCUUAUACCCGUUAUUUGUCAGAAGUCCCUCACGGGCCACCCCAAGGCCGCGGCUGCUGCAUGGAUGUUAAAUGGUUGUCUGCAGGCAAUGAAAGAUGGUAUCAUCCCCAGGAACGCUGCGCUGGACUCGGUAGAUGAGGAACUACGCCAGUUCGAGUACCUAGCAUUUCCGACACAGGAUAAUCUCAAGGUACCAGAGAUCAAGGCCUUUCUCCUGAAUUCCUUUGGAUUUGGUCAGAAGGGUGGGCAGAUUUUGGGUGUGGCAUCCAAAUACCUGUUUGCUACGCUGAAUCGAGAGGAUGUUGAGACAUACCGAAAGAAAACUGAAACACGCCAAAACUUGGCAAAGCGGUCAUACAUUCAUGGUAUGGUAAACAAUUGUCUGAUACCCAUCAAAAACGAAGGGCCAUAUAAGAAGGAAAAUGCCUCGAAGUUUUAUCUCGAUCCUUACAUGACGACAAUGGCGAAGGGUUGAUGUUUUGCAUCUAUUUUCUUUUCGUUCUAGCAAAAUCAUUAUCGAGAGAAUUUGCGUCCUGCGAUGUAAGAUAGUUGAGUUUUAUGUAUCAAUCUCUUUAUUUUCUUUACUCUUUCACUGUGUCGUGCGUUACCAUCUGGUCCCGCAGGGCCAUCAGUCUAAUUAUACCACCCACAUAUUCGUUUGACAAUCGAUUCAAUUGCAUUUGAAAAUUAAAAUUGUAGGGCUAGAAA